UUCAACACAGUGUAUCGUGUAUGGCUAGCUUCAAGGCAUUUUUGAACAGUCCUGUUGGCCCCAAAACAACUCAUUUUUGGGGUCCCGUAGGCAACUGGGGAUUUAUCAUUGCUGGACUCGUAGACACACAGAAACCUCCAGAAAUGAUAUCAGGCAACAUGACAUCAGUAAUGUGUGUGUAUUCUGCACUGUUCAUGCGAUUUGCAUGGAUGGUACAGCCUCGUAAUUAUCUACUAAUGGUAUCCCAUGCCUCGAAUGAGACCGUGCAACUUUAUCAGUUAUCACGUUGGGCAAAGAGUCAAGGAUAUUUGCAGAAGAAAGCAGACAAAGCAGAAUGAUCAAGUGUUCUUUCCUGUUUAAUUCUGGACAUGUGUAUAGUUUUGGUAAUUUUCGAUAUCUCUAUUUGCACAGAUUAUUGUCCUUGAUCAUCCAAGAGCUGAACUAGGAGCUCAAAUUAUUACAUAUGCUACAGUAAAUAGCAUAAUUUGAAUGGCAAGAAAUGUUAGUAUGGAAGAAUUUAAUAUAUUUGUGAUUUCACCCAGCG